UUAUUUUUACCAUCGAUUUUUAUCGUGUUGGCUUGUUGCGGUUUGUGUCAGUUGUGCUGUGAUCCGAGUUUACCGACUUCACGACGCAAACACCCCAAAAGUAGGCGACGGGGCGUCAUUCGUGUCCGUCGAAGUUCCAAUCGUGGCUGUGUUUACCCAAUGUCGCGUAUGCGCGCGUCUCGACAGUGUCAGCGCAGCACCUCGCUUCCGCGGAGCCACGCUGCUCUGAAACAGUCCACGUGAAAUGUCACUCGGAACUUCCAGCGCAUCGUCGUCGAAGUGCAGUUCGGCGAAACGCUACGGGUGCUUCGGCUACCGGCGUCUGCAAGGAUCUCGUUCAGUGCAGCCGUCACGGUACAGGACGUACGCUGUUCGGUACACCGCAGUCGCGCUCAGGACAAUCGGACUCAUUGUUUUGUACUACUGCUUUUCCAUCGGAAUAACCUUCUACCAGAAAUGGUUCAUCAAGGAGUUCCGGUUCCCACUCACAGUGGUAAUAUGCCACCUUGUAGUAAAGUUCAUCUUAUCUGGUGUGAUCCGCCUGGUCUUUCAAAUGUGCACGGGUCGGCCAAGGAUUCUGCUCACGUGGUCUGUGUAUGUCAAGCAGCUCGCCAUCACAGGAGUUGCAAGUGCCCUCGACAUCGGCUUCUCCAACUGGAGUUUCGAGUUCAUCACAGUAUCCCUGUACACAAUGACGAAGUCGACGUGCAUCAUCUUCAUCCUUGGUUUUUCGCUAGUUUUUGGUCUUGAAAAAAGGCGUUGCUCCUUGGUGUUCAUUGUGCUGCUCAUAGCACUAGGCCUGUUCAUGUUCACAUACCAGUCGACGCAGUUUAACACUGAAGGCUUCUUUCUGGUGCUGAGUGCCUCAUUCCUGGCUGGGUUACGAUGGACCUUAGCACAGCUGGUGAUGCAGCGAAAGGAAGUGGGCCUGGGCAAUCCUAUAGACAUGAUUUUCCAUGUCCAGCCAUGGAUGAUCCUUGGCCUCCUCCCAUUAGCUAUUGCAUUUGAAGGAAUCCCAAUUGCAACCUCUGAGAAGGUGUUUCGGUUCCACGAGGUGGAGAUGCUGGUGCGCACGGGCCAGUACGUACUGGCGGGGUCGGUGCUCGCCUUUUUCAUGGAGCUGAGCGAGUACCUACUCCUCACAUACACGUCGAGCCUGACCCUGUCCAUCGCAGGCAUCGUCAAGGAGGUGUGCACGCUGUACCUCGCCGUCAAUUACAGCGGGGACGAAAUAAGUUUCAUGAACUUUGUCGGCCUUGUCAUCUGUCUCCUGGGCAUCGCUCUGCAUGUGCUUGUCAAGUCACUCAACAGCAACGGGCUGGGUGUCGAUUCCGUGAUGCGGGUCACGUGCAUGCUUCUUCCUGGAUCGCUUCUUCCACUUGUGACUUGCAGAAAGAGGAAAACACUCCACUUCACAAGCAUCUGGAGUCAGAGCAAAAUCUUCUGACUGCCGAUGAUGCCGAGGAGCUGAGUGAGCAAGAAGAGCUAGUCCUGUUCGAACUGCAUUCGCUUGGAAAGAGGCCUCCUCGGUCCACUGGAACAAGCGAGUAAAUCUAGAUUAAAGCUGGACAGGCAGCCAGAAAUGGCAUGAGAAUGCCAACGAGUUUCAAAGGUGGUCAAGCUCGGGAUCUGGUGAUCCUUAAAAGUCCAAGGCUGGAGCAAGGCUAAUACUGUACUGCAUUGCCAGAUUCAGCAUGUCAAGACCCGCAAUAAAUCUUGGCCAGAUGCAUGUAUGGCAUUAAAAAUCGAGUUGAAUCAGCGACAUGCAUGAUGGUAGGAUGCUUGCACAACUUCCAUGCGAGCGAUUGUCUUGGUGCAAUAUUCGAGUCUUUGUUUGAGCUGAAUUUUAUGAUGGGAGCCGUUCGAGCAACUAUCCACAAUUAUAGAAAGGCCUAGAGUACCAGCAUUGUUCAUGCUAGUCGUUGCAAUUAUGUUCUAUUAGUUUGAGGUCAAGAGCUAGUCAGGGUGCUUUCUAAAUGUAGUGUUGUAUUCCGUACCUGCUAUUGUCCAACAUGAAGUUGUGGAAAAUGUGGGGGUAAAAAGCCAUGAAGCUAUUUCUUGCAAUAAAUGAGAGUGCGGUUUUUCUUUCUUUCAA